AUGGCUGCUCCAGUGCCUCCAGGAGCUCAAAGACCUAACAAUCCUCAAAACUCAGCUCCUCCACCAAAUUAUAUCCCUGGUUCACAAGGAAACCCCCAGCAUUCGUUAGCUGCUAAUAUGCAAAACUUGAACAUUCACCGGCCGGCUCCUCCGAUGCCCGGUUCAGGUCCUAGACCACCUCCACCUUUUGGUCAGUCACCACAGCCUUAUCCUCAAUCAGCACCUUCCUACGGUGUCCAACAGCAACAACCUAGACCUUCUCCAAUGGCUAGACCUGGACCUCCUCCUCCUGCUGCAAUGACUAGACCUGGUGGACCACCUCCUCAGGGAUCGCAACCUGGCGGCUUUCCACCAAAUUUUCCAGUAGGAAGACCAGCGGCUCCACCUUCUAGUCAGCCACCGUUUGGCUCUAGACCAUCGUCUGGGCCAAUGCCUGGAGGUGGGCCAUUUCCGCAGCCUGGUGGUUUCCCACCUUCAGGUCCACCAGGUGGUGCUCCUCCUUCAGGAGCUCGCCCAAAUGGUUAUGGUUCGCCUCCACCUAUGGGACCUGGCAUGUCUAUGCCUCCUCCUGGCAUGAACAUGCCUCUUCCUGGCAUGACCAUGCCUCCUUCUGGCAUGCCUGGCGGUCCGCUGACUAAUGGGCCUCCGAUGAUGGGUCCAGGGGGAUUUCCCAGGGGACCCCAGUCUAUGAUGGGUCCACCGCCACCUUAUGGACAGCCUCCCAAUGCAGGUCCUGGAGGUUCUCCUUUAGCUUCGGCUCCUGCUCCGCCAACAAAUUUUCCUGGUGCUCCUUUUAGCAGACCAGCCACCACAGGAAACUAUCUUUAUGGACCACCACCACAGCAGAUACCUUCUGCUCCCGGCACCCCUGGUUCGAUGUAUAACAUGGGUCCUGUGCCGAAUCAGUCGAUGACCACUGUUUCUAGCCCUUCGAAGAUUGAUCUUAAUCAGAUCCCAAGGCCAGGUUCAAGCUCCAGUCCAAUCGUCUAUGAAACUCGAGUGGAGAAUCAGGCUAACCCUCCACCACCUACUACUGUUGAUUAUAUUGCUAGAGACACUGGAAAUUGCAGCCCACGUUACAUGCGAUGCACAAUCAGUCAGAUCCCAUGUACUGUCGAUCUUCUUUCUACAUCUGGUAUGCAACUGGCGUUAAUUGUCCAACCGAUGGCGCUUUCUCAUCCUUCUGAAGAGCCUAUCCAAGUUGUGGACUUUGGUGAGAGUGGCCCUGUUAGAUGUUCACGUUGUAAGGGAUACAUGAAUCCUUUCAUGAAGUUCAUUGAUCACGGAAAGAAGUUCACUUGUAACUUGUGUGGAUACACUGAUGAAACUCCCCGUGACUACCUCUGUAAUCUGGGUCCAGAUGGUAGACGUAGGGAUGCUGAUGAAAGGCCUGAGCUGUGUAGGGGAACUGUUGACUUUGCUGCUACAAAAGAAUAUAUGGUGCGAGAUCCAAUGCCAGCAGUGUAUUUCUUCCUCGUCGAUGUCUCAAUGAAUGCGGUUCAAACAGGUGCAACUGCAGCUGCUUGCAGUGCAAUCCUGCAAGUCCUCUCAGACCUUCCUGAAGGUCCUAGGACAUUUGUUGGAAUUGCCACAUUUGACUCAACAAUACACUUUUAUAAUUUGAAGCGUGCACUUCAGCAGCCGUUGAUGCUCAUUGUUCCUGAUGUUCAAGAUGUUUAUACACCUUUAGAAACAGAUGUCAUUGUUCAGUUAUCUGAGUGCCGUCAACAUCUAGAGAUUUUGCUGGAAAGUAUCCCAACAAUGUUUCAGGAAAGUAAGAGUCCUGAAUCUGCUUUUGGUGCAGCAGUUAAGGCUGCAUUCUUAGCGAUGAAGAGCACUGGAGGAAAGCUCAUGGUGUUUCAAUCAGUUUUGCCUUCUGUUGGCAUUGGAGCACUUUCUUCUAGAGAGGCCGAUGGGAGAGCUAAUGCCUCUGCGGGUGAAAAGGAGGCCCAUAAAUUACUACAACCCGCAGACAAAACUCUAAGGACCAUGGCUAUUGAAUUUGCAGAAUACCAGGUCUGUGUAGAUUUAUUUAUCACAACUCAGGCCUAUGUUGACAUGGCUUCAAUUUCCGACAUCCCAAGAACUACUGGAGGACAGGUUUAUUGCUACUACCCUUUCUCAGCUCUUUCAGAUCCUCCCAAGCUUUACAACGAUCUUAGAUGGAAUAUCACUAGACCCCAGGGUUUUGAGGCUGUCAUGCGAGUCAGAUGCAGUCAGGGUAUUCAAGUGCACGAUUACUCGGGGAACUUCUGUAAACGCAUACCAACUGACAUCGAUUUACCUGCGAUUGACUGUGACAAAGCUGUUAUGGUGACAUUAAAGCAUGAUGACAAACUACAAGAUGGAGCUGAAUGUGGUUUUCAG